GGAAGGUCCGUGCGUGACGCGCCGCCGCCUGCUCUCCCGCCGGGUGCCGCCGCAGCAGUUACUUAGCGGUUGGGAGCAGGCGCUCGCUGCGGCUUUCUUUGCCUGGGAGGCUUCGCCGUCGGGGUGCGCGACGCAGCUGCUUCUCGCCUCGCCAUGUCCAAGGAAACGAAGAAGCCCUUCCGCCAGAGCAUGGCCGAGUGGCGGCAAUUUGUCUACAACCCCAACAGCGGCGAGUUCCUGGGGCGCACGGCUAAGAGCUGGGGUUUGAUCUUACUAUUCUAUCUGGUAUUCUAUGGCUUCCUAGCAGCACUCUUCACAUUCACAAUGUGGGUUAUGCUUCAGACACUGAGCAAUGAUAUACCAAAAUAUCGUGACCGGAUUUCUAGUCCAGGACUUAUGAUUUCACCGAAGCCAGACACUGCACUGGAAUUUUACUUUAACAAGAGUGAUGCCCAGUCAUACGCAGAAUAUGUUUCUACACUUAGAAAAUUCCUUGAAUCUUAUGAUGAUUCAAAGCAAUCCCAAAACAUAAACUGUACACCAGGAAGGAUUUUUGAUCAGAAUGAUGCUGCUGUUAAAAAGGCAUGUCGAUUUAACCUCUCUGAGCUUGGACAAUGCUCUGGAAAGGAAGAUAAGACCUUCGGCUAUUCUAAAGGAACUCCCUGUGUGCUUGUGAAAAUUAACAGAAUAAUCGGAUUAAAGCCUGAAGGAGAACCACGCAUACACUGUACAUCUAAGACUGCCUGGGGAGCAGUGAAAGCCUUGGAAGAAGGUGCAGUUGAAAUAAAUUAUUUUCCUCCUCAUGGCUUGAUUGACUUAAUGUACUUUCCAUACUAUGGGAAAAGCUUGCAUGCUCACUAUUUACAGCCUCUAGUGGCUGUUCAACUAGCAAUUAACUCCAACAGUACCAAAGAAGAAGUAGCAAUUGAGUGUAAGAUCCUGGGCUCACCUAAUUUAAAAAAUGAAGAUGAACGUGACAAGUUUCUGGGACGAAUUGCCUUCAAAGUUCAGAUGACUGAAUAGCUGGAGUAGAAAAUUCUCCACUAAGUAAACAUUGUGUUGUCUGUUUUGUACCAGCUGGACAUGCCAUUUUAGGAUAUGAGACCACCUUGGAGAAUGUUAAGGUGGCUUAUGGUGUUCAGGGUAGCAUAAUAAUAUGCUUCCAAAUGGUAUGUUUAAAAUCCCUCAAAAUAAAUGCCUCUCCUGCUUCUGCCUGCCCCAUUGGAACAGUGUACAGACUAUAGUUAUGUCAUAGAGACCUGUAAAUAGCUGUUUUCAAACACAUAAUACUGGUGACCUUUGUCCUGUUCUAAAAUGUGGUUUUAUCCCCCAAGUGAGUGUCUCAAGCUUAACGUGCUGUGCUAUGUAAAUAUUGUAUUGAUUUAACACUGGUUUAACUGUCAUAUCUCAAUGCUGACACAGUUAUAGGGAUAAAUAAUAAAUGGUACCUGAUUGA